GCGAAAAAGUUUCUUUCCUGGCGAAAGCUUGCAGACAUCGUUCCGGCUGUAACUGCCGCAACUGGCCGUCUUUUUAGGUUUCGCUCCUGCUGCUCAGGGGCAUGAGAAGUUUUCGCGAACAGGAGUGAAGAAAGUUUACCCGGGAGCUCGAGAGAGGAGCACGCGGUCGGGAUCCCGGAGUCCACCCACUCUCGCCUAGAAGUUUGUGCCGAGCCCGGGCGCAGGCUGCAGAGCGCCCGAGCCAGAGGCCGCGGGACUGCGAUGGGCGCGCUGGGGCUCCGUGCUCCCGCUGCGGCGCUGGGGCUGCUGCUGUGCGCGGUGCUGGGGCGCGCGGGCCCGGCCGAGGGCAGAGUGCGCGGCGGCCAAGGGGCGAUCGGGCAGCUCGCCGGGGUUGCCGCUGGACGCCCGUGCCCGGCUCCCUGCCGCUGCCUCGGGAACCUGCUGGACUGCAGUCGCCAGCGGCUGACACGUCUUCCCGAGCCGCUGCCGUCCUGGGUCACUCGGCUGGACCUAAGUCACAACAGAUUAUCUUUCAUCAAGACAAGUUCCAUGAGCCACCUUCAGAGCCUGCGAGAAGUGAAACUGAACAACAAUGAAUUGGAGACCAUUCCAAAUCUUGGUCCAGUCUCAGUGAAUAUUACGCUUCUAUCCUUGGCUGGAAACAGGAUUGCUGAGAUAUUAUCCGAUCAUCUGAAACAAUUUCAGUCCCUUGAAACUUUGGACUUGAGCAGCAAUAACAUUUCAAAACUUAAAACCACAUUUCCACCCCUUCAACUCAAGUAUCUGUAUAUCAACAGCAACAGAGUCACAUCCAUGGAACCUGGGUACUUUGACAACUUGGCCAGUACUCUCCUGGUGUUGAAGCUGAACAGGAACCGGAUCUCAACUGUCCCACCCAAGAUGUUUAAGCUAUCCCAGCUGCAGUACCUUGAACUAAACCGAAACAAGAUUAAAAAUGUAGAUGGACUCACUUUCCAAGGGCUUGGUGCUCUGAAAUCUCUGAAGAUGCAAAGAAAUGGAGUAACAAAACUGAUGGAUGGAGCUUUUUGGGGGCUGAGCAACAUGGAAAUCUUGCAGCUGGACCAUAACAACCUAACAGAGAUUACCAAGGGUUGGCUUUAUGGCUUGCUGAUGCUGCAGGAACUCCACCUCAGCCAGAAUGCCAUCAACAGGAUCAGCCCUGAUGCCUGGGAGUUCUGCCAGAAACUCAGCGAGCUGGACCUAACUUUCAACCAGUUAUCGAGGUUGGAUGACUCAAGCUUCCUUGGCCUAAGCUUACUAAAUGCACUGCACAUUGGGAACAACAAAGUCAGCUACAUUGCUGAUUGUGCCUUCCGGGGGCUUUCCAGUUUAAGGACUUUGGAUCUGAAGAACAAUGAAAUUUCAUGGACUAUUGAAGACAUGAAUGGUGCUUUCUCUGGGCUUGACAAACUGAGAUGGCUAACACUUCAGGGAAAUCGGAUUCGAUCUAUUACCAAAAAAGCCUUCACUGGUUUGGAUGCAUUAGAAUAUCUGCACUUAAAUACAUCAAGCCUUUUGUGUGAUUGCCAACUAAAAUGGCUCCCACAGUGGGUGGCAGAGAACAACUUUCAGAGCUUUGUGAAUGCCAGUUGUGCCCAUCCUCAGCUGCUAAAAGGAAGAAGUAUUUUUGCCAUUAGCCCAGAUGGCUUUGUGUGUGAUGAUUUUCCCAAACCCCAGAUCACGGUUCAGCCAGAAACUCAGUCGGCAAUAAAAGGCUCUAAUUUGAGUUUCAUCUGCUCAGCUGCCAGUAGCAGUGAUUCCCCAAUGACUUUUGCUUGGAAAAAAGACAAUGAACUCCUGCAUGAUGCUGAGAUGGAAAAUUAUGCACACCUCCGGGCCCAGGGUGGCGAAGUGAUGGAGUACACCACCAUUCUGCGGCUGCGCAGUGUAGAAUUUGCCAGUGAAGGGAAAUAUCAGUGUGUCAUCUCCAAUCACUUUGGUUCAUCCUAUUCCAUCAAAGCCAAGCUUACAGUAAAUAUGCUUCCCUCAUUCACCAAGACACCCAUGGACCUGACCAUCCGUGCUGGGGCCAUGGCACGCUUGGAAUGUGCUGCCAUGGGACACCCAGCCCCACAGAUAGCCUGGCAAAAGGAUGGGGGCACAGACUUCCCAGCCGCAAGGGAGAGACGCAUGCACGUGAUGCCCGAGGAUGAUGUGUUCUUUAUUGUGGAUGUGAAGAUAGAAGACAUCGGGGUAUAUAGCUGCACAGCGCAGAACAGUGCAGGAAGCAUUUCUGCAAAUGCAACUCUGACUGUGCUAGAAACCCCAUCCUUCUUGCGGCCUCUGUUAGACCGAACUGUGACCAAGGGAGAAACGGCCGUCCUGCAGUGCAUUGCCGGAGGGAGCCCUCCCCCCAGGUUGAACUGGACCAAGGAUGACAGCCCUUUGGUGGUGACUGAAAGGCACUUCUUUGCAGCUGGAAACCAGCUGCUGAUUAUCGUGGACUCGGAUGUCAGUGAUGCUGGCAAAUACACAUGCGAAAUGUCCAAUACCCUUGGCACAGAGAGAGGCAACGUGCGCCUCAGUGUGAUCCCUACUCCUACCUGUGACUCUCCUCAGAUGACUGCCCCGUCUUUAGAUGAUGACGGCUGGGCCACUGUGGGUGUUGUGAUCAUAGCUGUGGUCUGCUGUGUGGUGGGCACGUCGCUCGUGUGGGUGGUCAUCAUCUACCACACAAGGCGGAGGAAUGAGGAUUGCAGCAUUACCAACACAGAUGAGACCAACUUACCAGCCGAUAUCCCCAGUUAUUUGUCAUCUCAGGGAACAUUAGCUGAUAGGCAGGAUGGGUACAUCUCCUCAGAAAGUGGAAGCCACCACCAGUUCAUCACUGCUUCAGGAGGCGGAUUUUUCCUACCACAACAUGACAGUACUGGAACCUGCGUUAUUGACAACAGCAGUGAAGCUGAUGUGGAAGCUGCCACAGAUCCAUUCCUCUGUCCCUUUUUGGGAUCUUCAGGCCCUGUGUAUUUGAAGGGGAACAUGUAUGGCCCAGAUCCUUUUGAAGCCUAUCAUGCAGGUUGCAGUGCUGACCGAAGAACAGCUUUAGUGGAUCACUAUGAGCCCAGUUACAUAAAGAAAAAGGAUUGCUACCCAUGUUCUCAUCCCACAGAAGAGUCCUGUGAGCAGAGCCUCGGUAACCUGGGGUGGCCUUCACAUGUGAGGAAGCUCAUGAACUCCAGUUACUCUCAAAAUGAAGGACCUACAAUGAAAAAUUUGUGUCUAAACAAGAACUCUUCAGAUUUUAGUACGAAUCUGGAGCCAGCAUCAGUUACUUCAAGUAAUUCUUUCAUGGGGACAUUUGGAAAGCCUCUGAGAAGAUCUCACUUAGAAGCUUUUUCAAGCUUUGGACAGCCAUCAGAUUGUCAGCCGAGAGCCUUUCACUUAAAAACUCCUUCUUCCCCUGACUUGAACUCUGAGUCAGAAGAUGAAAGAGAAAGGACAGAUUUUCAGGAAGAAAAUCACACAUGUACCUAUGAACAAACCUUAGAAAACUACAGGACUCCAAAUUUUCAGUCUUAUGAGUUGGACACAUAGACUGAAUAAAAUCAAAGAAAACUUUAACAUACUACCUCAAGUGGACUUUUAUUUAAAAGAGAAAGAAUCCUAUGUUUUUAAGUGGAGUUAUGAAUUUUAAAAGGAUAAAAUGCCUUAUUUAUACAGAUGAACCAAAAUAACAAAAAGCUAUAAAAAUUUUAUACUGGGAGUAACUUUCGUAUAAAAAUACCUUUUAAAGUAUUUUAUAACUUUGUUUUAUGCAAAAAAUAUCUUAUGUAAAUUAAUGGUAUAAAUUCAUGACUAUUUUAUGUAUUUUUAUAAUACCAGAUUUCUUUUUAUUGAAAAUAACUACUAAAGCCUUUUAAAUAAUAUUUGUCUUGUACCUUUUUUGAAUAGAGGUCACUUCAUUUUAUUUUGCACAUUACAUUUAAUAAAAUGUGUCAUUUUGAUUCCAAGCCCCAUUUAUACAAUAAUAAUUUGUAUUGUUUUUCAAUACAUGUUAGACUUAGUUCAUGUUAUCACCUCUCAAAUUGAUGAUCUUAUUUAACCCAUUUAAAGUGCAAGUAAAAAUGACCAUUCUGCCUGCCUCCCAGGAUUCAAAUCACAUUGUUGUAUGUAAAAGCACACUGUAAAUGAAAAGGAGCUACAAAGAUUUCAGGUAACAUUAAUUUAUUUCCAACUGUACAACAAAAGACAAUUUGCUGUUAUAUUGUGGUGUACUAUGGUAUAACAGUCUUUGCUUAAAUCACUGUUCAAUCUG